UUGGAUCGUUGUUCUGGUCAGAGUGAUCCCUUAUUGUUUAUAAUCGGUAAUAAAGGUGAUCUGGGUGAGCAACGGCAAGUGGCCUACGGUGAAGGUGCUACGAAAGCCUUAAUGCAUAACGCUAAAUUCUAUGAAAUUACUGCUAAAGACCCUGUUUUAAUCGAUGAAAUGCUAUUGGACUUAGCUAAAACAGUUCAUAAUCGGAAGACGAACCGAUUCGAAGAAGCGCACGAUGCGGUCGAGCGACUGAUCCCAUUGCAAAGCUCAAAUCCUGGAAUAUCUUUACAUCACCACUGUUGUAAUAUGGCAUAG